AUGACGUCGUCGGCGUCGAACUCUGUUGCGAAUGGCCUGGCGGGUGCUGGAGGAGGAAUCAUCGCCCAGAUCGUCACCUAUCCUCUGCAGACGGUGAGUAACCUUCGAAUACCUUGAGGCGGCAGGCGUUCCUCCUCUCUUAUUCAUUAGCUUCAUCAUCCAUCAAUUGGUUGGUUAGCCAUGCUCUCUCUCCCGCGCUACAGGUGAACACUCGACAACAGACUGAGAGGAUGUCCAGGAGGAAGAAGACGGAAAAUAUGGGCGAUUAUCCUGGUGGGAGGGGAAACGCUGAUGUUGAUGCCGGAGGUGGUCGGCCGACGAGAGCCACGGCGGGGAGUCUUGCCCAGGUUCUCCAGGUGAUACGGACCGAAGGCUGGGGAGGUCUCUACAGCGGUCUGAAGCCCUCUCUGGUUGGCACUGCCGCAUCUCAGGUGUUGUCAUGAUUUCCUUCUAUUUUCGUAUGAGUUAUCUGUCGCAUUUCGUCUACUAACUUCUAUACGCCCUAUCGUUGCAGGGGAUCUACUAUUACUUUUAUCAGGUCUUCAAGAACAGGGCGGAGGCCAUUGCUGCUGCCCGCAAGAUAAAGGGGCGGGGUGAUGGGACUGUUGGAAUGUUAUCCUGGCUCAUUGUUGCAGCCAUUGCUGGGUAAACACAACACAGCCGAAGUACUUAUUUCCGUAAUAUUUUCCCUGUUUCUUUAUUUUACUCAUGCCUAUGCACUGCUGGUGACAGGAUGAUAAUAGUUUUUCAUUGUAAGUUUAUAGAUUCACAUAUUAUAGAACAUUUCAUUCACGUUGCAGUGUUCUACUGUGCAGAUCUUUAAAUGUUUUGCUGACGAAUCCAAUAUGGGUACUUGUGACAAGAAUGCAGGUGCGUUGAAACCAGAACGCCUUCUAAAUAAUGGAGCAAUGUGCUUCUUGUAAGCAUUGUUAACUUUAGGCUGUCUUCUGAGCUAAAACCUGAAUUUUCUAGUUAUCCCGAUGACCAGUCGAAUUUCAAGUGUAUUGAUUUCGUUGUCAUUGGACUGUCAUUUUGAGGUUUCUUAUCAUUUACUUUUCUGUCAUCAUUGUCUUUCUCGUCAUCAGUACUGGCAGAAAAACCCUAUAACUUGAUAAUGCCAUUUGCUUAAAUUUUGGAUUUCCAAACCAAAAACUGUCCAUAACUUGAGGUCUUUGGUCAGUAGCCCUGAAAAAGGACAGAUUCUUCUUUCCUACUUCGGCAUUUACUUUGACAUUUCUUUGAAUUUUUGGCGUGUCAGUGAUGCCUUACUUUGUUUCCUCAGACCCACACCCAAGCAGAAAGGAAAAUCAUGGAAAUGAAGAGAGAGGCCAUUAUAAGAGAUGCAGCAGAAACCAUCUUACCUGAUCAAAGAACUUUCGAAGACAAUUUGGCUGAGCUGGACUCUAUGAAACCUAAACCAUAUGGAACAUUUCAUGCGGUACACAUUUCCAUUUCUUCAGUUUUCGUUAUUUCUCUUUCCAUUAGUUAUACUUUCGAAUAUAUUCAUUUUUAUAUUAAUAGAUGGGGAAAUAGGUAGGAUGGAUAGAGAAAGGGGUGUGUGUGUGUGUGUGUGUGUGUGUGUGUGUGUGUGUGUGUGUGUGUGUGUGUUUGUGUGUGUGUGUGUGUGAGAGAGAGAGAGAGAAGGAGAGAAGGGGGAGAGGGGGGAGCGGGGGGGGGGGGAGAGAGAGAGUUGGGGAGAGAGAAAGGGGGAGGGGGAAGAGCGUUUAAAGAUAAAAAGUUAAUUACAGACUAAGCACUAGUUUAAGUUAAUUUUAAUUGUGAUACCCACGCGUUUUAGCUGUUUUCCAACAUUGCUGCGUUCUUGGUUCUCUCCAAUGCAUCUCAUCCCCACCAUAUUUUAUGAGAUCCUUUAUUUUCUAUUAUGAAAGAUUCCUCUUUCUUGCUUUCUUAUCAUUUUGUAUUUGUAUAUCGUUCAAAUAUCAAUUUUCUUUACCUAAACUCUUCACUUCAUGUUGCCUUUCAUGAAACCAAUGUUGCAUAACUACCUAGGCCAUCAAAUGAGCAUUAAUUGAUUCAAGAAUGCGAAAACUGUAAAUCCUGAUCUAGCUGCAGUGAACUUUUAAGUCCAUCAAAAAAUGAGGAAAUAACUUAAACACUCUAAUCCAAAUAUUCCUCAAGGGCAAAUAGUAUAAAAUACUACCAGGGAAGGUGAAAAUAAAUUAUAGAGCACAAUAAAGACCUGAAAUCUGAUGGGAAGAAUCGGUUGGGUUUUUCAGGAAAGAGAAAAAAAACCGUGGUAGACUCAUUGAACAGUUGUCUGAUUAGGCCCAUUAGUGAUAAACAACUGACAAUCCUAACGCUCCCCCAUAGGCUUGAUACCAGUUAUGCUUGACUUGAUAGAUAAGAUAUGAAAAAGUAGUGAAUAAAUUUUUUAAUAGGUUUGUAGUGGAAGUCAAAAUAGAUAAGGACGAACUCUUGACAACAGAAGAAGGCAUUGGGACAAUAACAGGAUGAGACAUGUGUCAACUACAGGAUAUGAAAUUAACAAGAGCCUAGUAGCUAGGCAUUCAAUAAUUUCAUUCAAGGUAGUGUUGUGGGAAGACAAAGGUUUAUAUGACAACAUGCACGUAGGCAAGCGUAUAUGAAAACUUUAUAAGAAGACAAAGUUAGAAAGUGUUCAUGGAGUCUUCCGCGAAUAUAAUAGGCAGGCUCUGAGCACAUGAGAUGAGGGAACCAAAGGAGCGACAUAAUGACCUGCAUAGGAGCGGACAAUCUGUCUGAAAUUGUUGUAGAUGACCCCCCAUGGUGGAAGAUGGCAGUUGGGAUUCAUAAAAAUCACUUCUGAGAGAUGAGAGGCCAAAAAGCAAUUUGGGCCGCACGAAAAUGACUAGAGAAGCCUGAUGAAGGCCUAGAUGUCGUAGACAUCUUUGUUGUCAAAGAGGUAUGACUCCGUAACUAUGGCGGAAGAAAGUAGAGGGUACUUCCAUGGGAAAUAUACUCCUGGAGUAAUAGAUCCUAGGAGCAAUUCCAUCAAAGGACUAAGAUGAUGAUGAGGAAAUAUACUCCGGCCACUUAGCCAAUUACCAGAAGAAAAGAGAAUGUAGAUUGGUUAAAAGAAGACAAGUUAAUAGGAUGAGAGAAAAAUCUAAGCUUAAACCUUCUAUUAUUCUAUCCGAGAGAGAGAACAUAAACAUCUUUUAUUAAGAUGAAUAUCUCUCCUUUAUCAAGGAGAGAAAGUAAAGAAAAUUUCAUAUUAUGAUUAGUAUCUCCUAGAAAGAGGACACAGAGGGCAACUGAAUUAGAUUCAUUGUGACACAGAGAUAAUUGCAAAAUAAGUUUCAAUAUAUUUCAAUGUGGAACGUGUAGAUGUUUCACUAAUGCUUGUUUAUGUCUGGAUCAAAAAAUGCAGCAUUGUAUUAAAGCAUCGUACUGCAAGAAUAAGAAACCCUAUCUCUGAAGUGGAAUUUACGUAUUCAGCAUCAAAGUUAGUAUCAUAAGUCUUAUCCCGUCGUCAGCUAACUUGAUACAAUCAGUCAUAUUUUCGAACUAGCUGCCAGAUGUCAGACCAUUAGAAAGUGGAACAAAUGUUGUGCUUAAGAUAAUUUUUUUACUGGGACUGUCUCCUGAAAUUCUUCUGAGACCUAUUAGUAAGUUGAAAACUGCGUUCUUAAUGACGACCUAAGCUGAUGUAACCAUCGAAAUAGGUUGAAGCUAUUCUCCGGAGUUUGAGAAUAUGCUACAGAUGAGGAGUAAAUGAUGCAGUUGUAAUACAGAAAUACAUGAUUCCUCGGAGGAAGCUAUUUUCCAAAGAGCAAGAAAAACACAUUCAUUAUAGAAACUGCAGUUCUGCAUUAUACUAUUCAAUCUGCUGCAGAACUGCUUAAGCAUGUAGAUCAGAUUAGCAUGUCAAGUUAAUUUGACAUGCAGACGAAUCCCUGUAUUGACUUAUGUGUAAGGAGAUAAGUGCAACAAAGCCUAAGUUCAAUUUGCAUUGGCUGAACAGAAGUGAUGAAAUAUAGAUGACACUAUCGCUUCAACAUAUUCAGUCCAUAGUCUCUGUUUAUACCAUUUUCAAAGCCUCACUAAACACAUUUCCAAUGAAAGACCUCGUAUUAUAUCAUUUGCAUGGAAAACCUUUGGAUUAUAUUUGCUUUUAGAAAGGAAAGUUUAUAUUGAAGCAUCAGACUGUUUCUACAAGGACCAUCUUUUACUGUCAGAAAUCUUUUACGUUUUCCAUCCAUAUUUGGUAUCUCCAUUUCACCUUUUUGUUCUCUCUCAUGUUUGGACAGGCUCAAGAGGUUUAUUGUGAAGCAGGGAUUAGAGGGUUCUGGAAAGGAAUUAUUCCAACGCUUAUAAUGGUGCCCAUUAAUUCUGAAUUAGACUUAGUCAACAUCUUAUUGGAUCAAUUUUUGACAUGCUUCUAAUUGAUGGCAGGUUUGCAAUCCAUCGAUUCAAUUUAUGAUUUAUGAAACCUCAUUAAAGAAGGCAAAGCAUUCUGCAAAUAGACGUGGUUUGGAGAAUGUCACUAUGUUGGAGGUAUAUUACAAUAUGGAUCCUUUUAUAUUUUUUUACAAAGCCCACAGUCAGUAUCCUUUUUUUUACAAACAGAGCACAUGUUGGAGUUUAUAUCACUUGAAUCAGAUGACUGAUAUUCAUUUGACGUCAUACUGUUUCCUUGCAUCGAUAGGUAUUUUUACUGGGAGCCUUGGCAAAACUGGGAGCUACUGUGUCGACUUAUCCUUUAUUGGUGGUUAAGGUAGUUAUGAUCCUCUAUGUUACAAAAUAUGACUAAAUUGACAAUUUAAGGGUGAUGUUAAAUGUGUGUCAAGUGUACAUUUAUUUUAUUGUUGGAAUCAUCAAAUGAUGAGAUCACUUCAGGAGGUAAAUACUAGAUAGAAGUGAAAUCUGUCAGAAGAUAAAAGUUUCACGGCCUAUGAUCAGUAAGUGGAUAGUAAGCCACAGGGAGACUAGCAGGGACACGUGGACAAUGAUUGAUACAUUCUGGCUGUUAAAAUGCUCCGCCUUAGUGUGUCACGUGACUGACUUAGUGACUCACAUGACUGUCUUAGUGUCUUUUUUCUUCCGUGUAAGGUUCACAUGUCCAGAACCUUCCACGAGGGGUCUGAUAUAAAUACCAGACCUCUGUUGUGAAUUGAUGUAACAGAAUCUUUCCCUCAUUUUGAAUAGAAGUUCCUCAUUUUAACUGGAUAUAUAAUUGAUUUUUUUCCUCGAGGAUCCAGAGGAAGUGAAGGAAAUUCGACACUGGCCAAUGUCUGGGUCAGCAUGUUUGUUACUGAAGGACGCUUGAGAAAAAAAUCUGUCAUUUUCCGCAAUAGUUCGUUUUAAUAUGACUUUUUUUAAGUUCUUUUGCAUCAGAUUGUUCCCUGAAUAUUCAUUAUUUCGCGUUCUAAUAUGCAGUCGAGACUUCAAGCAAAACAAGAAAUUAGUGGGAACAUAAAACACAGAUACACAGGUAUUCUUUACCUUGUUAUCUAUAUAUAUUACUUUUAUUUCGUGUCUCGUUUUUCCUUUUUCCUGGUCACUCUAAGGGAAGGUCAUUGACUCGAUGUGUGUAGCUUUCUACUCAGUAAUUUUGAGCGUCUGUGAAUUUUAAUUUUGUAGUAACGACUGUAGGUUACUAUACAGGAAUUUGAUUGUAUAAAUAUAAAGGGAAUGCUCAGUAUUUUUAGAUGAAGAGGGAGAGAGGGAGAUUCCAAAUAAGACGAAGAGGUUAGAAAUAUCAAUUACUUGGGAUGAGAUUUUGAUGUGGUUACUGUGCCGGAGAAUUAGGUUCUACUGUAACCCAAUCUAUCGAUCUGUAAAAUCCGAUCCUCUAAAUAUGUAAUCCAAAAAAUUAAAUCUAUUGUGUUGGAUUUUAAUUUUGAUAUCUGAUUUGACCUGAUGGAUAUCCUACUCGAUUUGUAAACUUUUAUUUGAUUAACGAUUAAAUUGAUAACUAAUAAAUGAAUUCAUUAAUGUUGUUGUGAUCUUUUAAAUAUGAGCUGAUCCAAUUAAGCAAAAGCCAUGUCAUCCACAUCCGGUUUUAUUUUAGUAAGAGCUAAAUUUUAAAAAUAGCCUUACGAAUUUAGCUUUAAAUAUAUAUAUCUUAUUUAAUAUAAAACUGUGUAAUGUUGAUAAAUUCAAGUCACUUUGCACCUAAUCUGAUCCACAUGCUUAUAUUAUGGUUUUUUUUAUAAAUUAAUCCCACCGGAAGAACUUCAAGUCUUCUACUCUAGUUAGAUGCAUAAGAGUUUGAAUUCCUUUUUUUUUUUUGCAAUGUAUGAUCGGUUGCAUGUGGAUUGCCUUAUCUUCUGAUUUAUUCCAUUCCCUCGGAAACCCUGAGGAGAGCCGAUAAGGCCAUCUAUGUAGAAGAGAACAUAAUCAUUUUAAGGAGAACGUUUCACUCGAUCUCAAGAACUCUGAGCAUGGUAGCAGUAAGAUGUGGCUAGUCUAUUCUUAAACAGUUAUGAUGAACGUUACAACCAAAGGGAGACUACUCUAAGAAAUAAAAAAAAUACAGAAAGUGAUUGCAUGAAAUCCGAAUAAGAGGCUUUGUUGUCUUCAUUUUGCUCAUUAAAUUACCAGGGGAAGAGAGCUUCUCUUUUCUACCUUGACCUUCUUCUAACACCAAUCGGCAUUACAUUAUGCCUAUUUCCUUUUUCCUUUUUUAGUACUAUGGGCAUGAUCUAUAAUUAUAGUGGAGGAAAGUUUGUAUAAGUUUAUUUUUUUCCCGGUUUAUUUGAUUCUCUGUGGCCUUAUGACAAGAUGUUAUAUGAAUACGGUGUUAUUUUGAUCCAGUCCCAAUUUUGAUUGGAUGAGCACAAAUCUGGGGGUUGAUAAGGCAAAAGUGAAACCUUAGAUUAAUGAUCCGUUUUAAAACCCUCUAGAAAUUCACCAAUGAAUGUAGUCGUCCAAGAUCUGGACAUGCAUUUGCUGUUGUGAUUCUUGUCUGAAGGGAUGAAAACAUUUGCAUUGAUGGAGUCUAUAAAUGGAGUUUCUAAUAUGCUUCCAUGUUUUGCUUAGAAAUUUGAGGCCAAUGAUAAGGAUGGACUAAGACACACAACAGGGAAUUUACCGAAAAAAAUGUUGAAGGGCCUGUCGAUAGAUUGUCUUUUUUUGGCAUCUGUUGUAAUUUAGGGGAGCAGACUGGAAAAUAGAUGUCAAGUUCAAAACGUAGAAGUUCCUUAUAUUAAUUAUUCAGAGCUUUCAUCCUAUUUAAACUCCUGUUUUACUCUUCAGGGGCUUUAAAUGUUUGUAGGCAAGUCCAAAGUUUUCUGAAUACCUGUACAUACAGAAGUCUAAUGAAAUGUAAUCACCUGCAAUUACGGGCGUUAGAUAUCAUUAAGAAUCCAUCUAGACUACAUUUAAAUCGAGUUGAUUUCCCACGCUCCUUCCACUUGCCAGACAUUUUACUCGAUAGUUAAUAUUGCGAGUCACCAUGUUGUCCUCGAAAUAUCCCUGUCCUCAUAUCCUAGUCUAUUUAAUGCGCUUACGGGAGGAGAAGGGGGGAUAAAUCAUGCUCAGUCUUGCGAAGAAGCUUCUGGAAUUCUUGAGAAAAUUUGACUCUCUUUUCAAUGGCUAGUAGCCUAGUUAAUGGAGGAAUUUUCUAUGAUUUUAGUGAUAUCGACUUUACAUUAGUUUGGAUUCAUAGUUGCGUCUAUCUUAGCAAUGCAAGAUCCAAGGCAGACCUGAUCUGAGUUCUGGCUCUGCCAGCUUUACACUGAUGUCUGUGUACUAUUUUGUAUUAUGUUCACAGGCUAAUCGUGCGAAUAAUGUGGUUUUUUCCAUUUCAACAUAAUUGCUGAUAUCUAGUUCAUUAACCAACUCCAUGACUUCUGUCAUUUACUUUUAAAAGUACGAAAAUUGAAAUAAUCGUACAUUUAGGUCUUUGAAAUAGAGUUUGGAAAAAAAAUAUUUUCGCUUCAUCUGCAUCUGCUAGUAAAAUCCCUUUGCUACUGUUAAUUGCUGUCCAGAGUCUAGCCAAAGCAGUUUCUCUGCCCAUAAUUCUUCUUCGUCUUUAUCUCCCUGUCAUUUUGUGACCUAAAUGACAGCCAAAAAACAUAAUUUUUAUAAUGAUUAAUGUUUUCUCGUUUUUAUUUACAUUUCUAUCAUACAUAAGAUAUUCCUUACCAUUGUUUUUGUCGUACAGUUUUUAUGAACUUUCACCUGAUAAACUAUUUUUUGACAGGUACUUUAGAUGCUAUAAUUAAAAUGAUCCGUUAUGAAGGAUUGCCUAGUUUCUAUAAAGGGAUGAGCACAAAGAUUGUACAGAGUGUUUUUGCUGCAGCACUUCUUUUCAUGGUCAAGGAAGAACUUGUUAAGAUGUUUACUAUCCUCAUUGGAAGAAGCAAGAAAUUUAUGCUUAGGAAGAACAAGUUAGUAUGUGAUUGA